AAAGGAAAAAAGACUUGGCCUUGGAAGUCACGGUUAACUGGAUCCUCUCGGGUGAAAAUUACCUAAGAGCAGCCUGCCAACCAGACCGAUGCCUUCUCCCACUUCAUCAGAUGACCCGGAGGCCUGUGCUUUGAGAUUUUCAGGCCUGGAUUUAAAAGACACAGAUCCUGUUGAUCCCACUAGCUGUCUUAAAGCAGAAUUAGAUGUUCAUUUGAAGAAGAAAUACUCAUAUGCAAAGAAAAAGGCUUUUGCCCUUUUCGUCAAAACCAAAGAGAUUCUGGCGCCUCCUGGAUGUCACAAGAAGUGUUGGAAGUGUUGUCAGCAGCUAUUCACCAUCCAGUCCAGCUUCCACAGACAUGUAGCUACACAACAUGCUGCCGAGAUUUGCUGCCAGACUGCUGCUAUUCUUCAGCAACUGGCGGGGACUUCAUGUACCGCAGAGCACCUUAAGUCUGAAGACAGAAGAAGCCCUCUAAAAGAGGACCUUUCUCGUACCCAAGAAGUAUCUGCCUGGCUCCCUGAUAUAAGUCGCUUUAGCCCUGAUGAGCUGAUGAGUGGCCAGGACAGUAAUGAAGGAGAGGUGCUGCUUUAUUACUGCUACCGUGACCUGGAGGAUCCCCACUGGAUCUAUGCCUGGCAGACAGCUCUGUGUCAGCACCUACAUCUCACAGGCAAAGUUCGAAUUGGUACAGAAGGAAUCAAUGGAACCGUAGGUGGAAGCAAACUAGCCACCAGGCUCUACAUGGAAGCCAUGCUUUCCUUCCCGCUGUUUAAGGAUUAUCUGUGUCAGGACGAUUUUAAGACCAGCAAAGGAGGAGCUUGCUGUUUUCCAGAAUUGCGUGUUGGUGUGUUUGAGGAAAUUGUGCCCCUGGGGAUUCAUCCCAAUGAGAUCUCCUACAAGAAGCCUGGAAUCCAUUUAUCCCCAGGUGAAUUUCAUAAAGAAGUAGAAAAGUUUUUGUCUCAGGAAAAUCAGGAACAAAGUGAUACUAUUCUCUUGGAUUGCAGAAACUUCUAUGAAAGCAAAAUAGGGCGGUUCCGGGGCUGCCUAGCUCCAGACAUCAGAAAAUUCAGUUACUUCCCAAGCUACGUUGAUAAAAAUCUAGAACUUUUCAGAGAGAAGAGGGUGUUGAUGUAUUGCACUGGGGGCAUCCGUUGUGAGCGGGGCUCAGCCUACCUCAAAGCCAAGGGCGUGUGCAAGGAAGUGUUCCAGCUCAAAGGCGGCAUCCACAAGUAUCUGGAAGAAUUUCCGGAUGGGUUUUACCGAGGGAAGCUGUUUGUUUUCGAUGAGCGUUACGCCUUGUGCUACAACAGUGAUGUAGUGUCAGAAUGCUCCUACUGUGCAGCCCCGUGGGACCAGUACAAGCUCUGCUCAACGCCCCAGUGCCGCCAGCUUGUCCUGACCUGUCCCGCCUGCCAGGCGCAGGGGCGCACCGCCUGCUGUGGCAGGUGUCAAGACAAAGGGGACCAGCUCGCCUCCAAGCCAGCCUGGAGCACCUUUAAGGAGGAAUGCGAGUGCACGGCCCGCCGGCCCCGCAUUCCCAGUGAAGGGUGUCUGUCCCCGCCACAGCCCCCCUCGGGCCCGGAGCCCAGGUCUGGUGUGGGUGAGGAGGCAGGGUGCUGCCCAAAGGGGCCCCAGUGGCCUCCUGCCGGGCCCUCCCAGAGCUAG